ACAAGAAGCAGAGAUGCAUAUUUGAGAAAAAAUAGGAAGCUACAUUUACUACACUGAGCAACCAACUUAUUAGUGGCUAUUUGUGCUUACAAAAUGUUGGUGCUUCAUUCUAAAGACUUCCGAGAGGUUGAUUGUGGACAGAAGAAAGGCUGGUCCAUUUUCUUAGCAACCAAACACCUUCCACUCUCCUAGCUUACAUUAUCAACUGUUUUUCCGAGCUUAGAAUGUAUCCCUUCAAGCAAAAAGAGAAGACUGCAUACAAGACCCAGGUGGCUCGCAAUGCAAACAUGGCCAAAUUUCAAGCCGCGUAUAUUUUUCCAGAGAUUGCUAGAAAAAGGGAUGCACAUUUGCAGAAGUACCCUGAUGCACAAGAGAUUAGCCUUGGACAUGGUGACACCACUGAGCCCAUUCCAGAAGUUAUAACCUCUGCAAUGAAAAAGAGAUCACAAGCUUUGUCCACCCUAGAGGGUUACAGUGGUUAUGGACCAGCGCAAGGUGAAAAGCCAUUGAGAGCUGCAAUUGCUUCAACAUUUUAUGACAACCUUGGCAUAGAGGAAGAUGACAUAUUUGUUUCUGAUUGUGCAAAAUGCGACAUUUCCCGCCUUCAGCUUGUUUUCGGGUCUAAUGUUACAAUGGCAGUGCAAAGUCCAUCUUAUCCAGUAAUUUGCUUUUGAUCUUUACUUGCCUUUUAUAUUGUCUCCUCUCUCUCUCUCUCUCUCUCUCUCUCUCUCUCUCUCUCUCUCUCUCAAUGAGAUUCUUGAGA